AUGAAUCCAUUCGCUGAACAUAAGCUCGUGACAAGUUUCAAAGAUUUGGGAAAGGGGCCGAACAAUGGGGUUGCUGUGGUAGGGAAAAUUGUAUCGACGGUACCUCAUGAAGAUAUUGUACCGAUAACAUCAAUAAUGAUGGAUGCAGACGGUGACUGCGUUGCCGUUUCUGUCUAUAAUUGCGCCCCAUCAUUAACAUUUUUCAUUGGAGACACGGUGGCUGUUGCCGAUCCCUAUGUAACAGAAGUAGAGAAUCUGGAUCUUCCCGAUUCAUCUGAUGUAUCGUUCCGAUCCGUACGAGUACCCAAUCCAUCGAAAAUUUCUCGAAAUGGUGGCUUGCCGAAGUCUACACAACUUGCCCCAUCCCAUUUGAAAAUCUCCGCAUUGUAA